AUGGAGCAAACUGCGAACCAGAAUCCUCAGCGACAGCCACUCUGCCGCUCACCAGCAUUCAAGAGGGAACCGAAACUGAGGUCCAUGGCCUUGAACCCGAAGGUCAAGAACAGCUGGGCACCUCUUCCAUGUCGCGGGGUGGUGGUGGAGGCGCAGGCUUGGGGCUUCGGGUUCCAGGGGGUCCAGGAAGCGCACAGGCGUGCAGCCUUGUUUCUGGGCGCAACUGCCGAGGGAGUCCCGAAGGGUGCGUGUAGGAAGGGUGCCCCGCCCCCACCCGCCGCCACCUGUGCACUACUGGGAAGUGCUGUCGCCCGAGUUCAAAACCAAGACCUCCGGGCCGAGGAGGUCCGAAGGGAAGCCACGCGCCUCCCGCGCAGGACCCUUGGCCCCAGGAGCCUGGAAGACCAGUGCUCCCGUGACCCCCGCCAACUCCCAUUCAAACCCACGCCGCCCCCUGCGCGCCCCGGUGAGGUGGCGCCAGCCUCGGGGGAGGAAGUGGCCGGCAGCUGGGCCCGGAUCACGCCGUCCCCAGCCCGGCCUGGGCACCGCCGCCGGCCCCCACGGAGCGCCCCACCCCAGCCGGCGUCCGCUGCGCUUGGCCGCAGGUCCCCACCGGACGCAGCAGCCGGCGCUCGGGUCCCCCUCCCACACACAGAGAGAAGCGCGCAAGUCCCCCGGCACCCCGCGGGUGCUCUGGUCGCUCUGGGCCGCUCACCUGGCCGUGUCACCGGAGCGCAGGUGUCCGCCUGGCCGCCACCCGGCCGCGCUUCCCGGCCGGCUCUGGGGUCCCGCGCGCAGCCACCGCCUCCGGGUCGGACACUCCUGCAGCGCGCGCCCUCCGCCACCAGGCUCGCUACUUCUGCUUUGGCCAGAGCUGCGCGGCCACGUGACUCCGUGGGGCCGCCCCCCCCCCCUCCCGUCUCCGCGCCUCCCGGCCCGAGGCGGGCUGGAACCCGCCUGCCUCUGCCCCAGCACCCCAGAACUCUCCGGCACCGCCCAGACCGGGAGCCACGCCUCUGCCCCUGA